AUGGGCCGGUGGCAAACACUGCCCAAUGAACUUAAAUCCAUGGUGGGAGCGUUUCUGCCGCUCAGAGAUCUCUACGCGCUCGCCAGCGUGUGCUCCUACCAUUUCUAUAUUCUCGACCAGGAAAUCCUUAAACGUUCGGAUCUGGAGGCCAGCGCUGCCCUUUCGCUGGCCAUCCGAGAAGAGGCGGCCAAAGGGAGGUCAGGCAACAAGGCGGACAAUGGCGAGCCGGGCAAGAAGGCCGUCGCAAGAGCAGACAAAUCCGCUUCCGAGUCCAGGAUUGACUACAUCCUACGUCUCAACCGUGGGGCACUGCAGCUGUGCCAUUUUUGGCUGGCCGUGGAGCUUGGAGCGUAUAGUAUCAUAUUGCGACUGGCUAGCGAGCCCAAUAUUGAGGCAGAGUGGAGGGAAUUCAGAGACCUGGAUACAAGUGACAAGAACCAGGGAGCUUUUGACAAUCUAAUCAUGCUUGCGGUGAAGGCGCCGAAACACAUCAUGGACGAUUUUGUUGACGCCCUUGUUCGUCUUCUCAAGAUUGACAAAUCAUGGGCUGACGAGCACGGCCUCAGACGUCUUGAUAAGUCUCUCAUCAUAGCGUGUCGAUAUGGGAACCUCAAACUGGUCAAGCGCCUCGUUGCGCUUGGUGUCGACCCUGGGGGAUCCUCUGAGGAACGAUGGCGAUGGCCAAUCGCGGAGGCCUGCAGGAGCGGGAGCAAAGAAAUGCUUGACCUUCUUCUCGACAGCGGGGCCGGUAUAGACGGAGACCAUGAGGAUCAGUUCUAUGUUGAAACUCUGACGGCGGCGAUUGGAGGGGGCAAUGUCGACAUUGUCCGGCACCUCCUCGACAACGAACACUUCUUGAGGAACUUGGGCAUCGCUGCUGACUGGCACGCGGACGUGGUGCUUUCGGCAGCUUUUAAGCCUUGGGUCAGACACGAAAUCAGGAAAAUGCUGUACGAGACGGUGGAUAUCAAGGCACAGAGGACGAUCGACGGCGUCCAAAUCUCGAAAUGGCUCCAUCACGCCGUGAGAAGCAACAGUGUGGAUAUGAUGAGACUGCUUUUGCAGUCGGGGCGGGACGCAGACGGGACCUGGAACUGGACGCCCCUGCUGCCUGGAGCGUCUGAAUCUGUACUCGAAUGGGCUGCGUGGAUGGCGCUUCUAGAUUUCGCUUUGGAUAACAAGUCGGACGAUGUGGCCCGGUUUCUCCUCGAGAGUGCUCGGCCCGCAGAGGGACUCGACGCGCUGUCAUGCAAGACCCGAGCUGGGAUUCUUGACAUGGCUAUGCGAACCGACAACGACGAGCUCUUCGACGCGUUCCUUUUGGAUAAUGACGUGAGAAAGCAGACGUCAAGGGGGGACACGCUGUUGCAUUACAUCAGGGAACCGGCAGCAGCUGUGAGACUGCUCCGCAAGAGUCAAGCCAUUCGACCUGCCAAAGACCGCAUUAGCAUCGAUGCUCGGCUACAGGAUGGCACAACUCCGCUGCUCAACGCCUGCCGUGGACCCGGGCUGCGGAUGGUCGAGCUUCUACUCUUACACAAUGCAGACGUAAGAGGAGAGGACGACUCUGGACGCACAUACUUGCAGGUGGCAGCAGAUGCGUCGGACGUCAAGCUGGCGCGCUUGCUCCUUGAUCAUGGUGCCUCUGUGAAAUGCUGGCAAGACGAGAUUGGCCCGCCUUCGCUUAAUCCCGGCAAGGUGAGAGUGGUCGAAGCCUUGCUUAUGCAUGCCGCGUCCCAGAGCCCGGGGGGGCCUGCUGGAACAGCAGACAGCUCACCAAGACUGGUCGUGCCAUCAAACAAAUACUCAAAGGACACGGCGAGUUCACUGUUGGCUGUCGUGGUGCAGAACCCACAAGUCGAACUCGGGACUGUCCAGCAUCUGCUGGAUGAGGGGGCAGACCCGAAUGGUGGUGAACUCGGCGCCAUUCUCCCUCUCUCGCCUCUGGCUAGAGCAUGUUAUCACGGGCGCAAAGACAUCGCCGAGCUACUAUUCGAUACCGGGGCCAUAAUCGAGGCUGAGAAGGACGGGACACAACGCAGUCAUUCCCCAAUCCCAACGACACUCCAGGCUGCGGUUGCCGGAGGACACGUAAAAGUGGUCGAGUGGCUGAUCCACGAGAAACAAGUCAGCUGCGAAGAUAUGGACGAUUGGGACGGUCUAUGUCGCGACGCCGCUGCCAGGGGACACUUAGAAAUGGUUGGAUGGCUGCUGGACAGGAAAGGCGUCCCGGACCAAACUCUCGCCCCAUGGCACCAGGUGUCACUAAGCCAGGCCGAGUUGUACGGGGGUCCCGUUAUGCUGCGACUUCUCCAUGACCGUAGCGAUGCUUGCCUGUGGCGUGAUGAGGACAUGAGGAACAUCUUGGCGGAGGCCGUCGAAACGGAGCGAGUCGACGUGGUCCAACACUUGAUAAGCUGGUAUGGCUUCACAAAGGCAGACAUUGAUGACAUGCGCCUCGGGCACAUGAUGCGGUUCGACAGACGAAUGAUCAAGGCUCUGCAAAAACACGGAGUCGAUAUCAAUACUCAGAUGGAAUUCGGCGACACGAUUCUCCACGUCGCGGCAAUGAAGAACAACAAGAUGUUGGUCCCGUUCCUGCUUUGCCGAGGUGCAGAUGCCACGAUACGCGACCGGAACGGUUGCUCGGCCAGGAUGCACGCCAAGGAAGGCUCCGAGAUUUGGCGCAUGUUCAGGCUCCACGCCAGGGGCAAGCUCGUCCCUCACCUCCAUCACCACCCACCUCCCAUCAUCAUCAUCAUCAUCAUCAUCAUCAUCAUCAUCCGGCUUCCCCCCCCCCCACCGACGGCCAUGCGGACGACAACAGCAACGACAGCAGCAACACUCCUCUCCGCGCUCUGCGCCGCCCUGGCCAUGCACGCCAGCCCGCAUACCGCCGAAAUCUCCAUCCAACCCAUCUCGUCUGCCGAUGCGCAAGCUCCCCUCCCCUUGGCAUCCAUAUCCUACGACCUCGCCAACCUCGACUCGUCAACCGUGACAUCCUACGACGCUCCCGACAUUCCCGAAUCGUCGUCUCUUGUCCGCAUCGGCGUCUACGACCCCAAGGUCAAGUCCUGGCUCUCUGGGACUACCGUCGCCUCCACCGAGAACCUUGCCAAGGGGUACUCCCCCACCAUCACCGUCUCCGUCGACUCGAGGGGCAACGUGCUAAGUGCUGCAUUCAAGGGCGUGGAGAUUAACGCCGGGCAGACGAGAGAUUUCGGUCCCAAGGUUGUGGUUUUGACGCAGCCGAGGGGACCGCGGCCGGUUUUGAAUAAGCCCGUUGUUGUGUCCAAGGAGGGGAAGAGGGUUGAGGAGGAGGGGGACAAGACUUUCCUGCAAAAGUACUGGUGGAUGAUUGGCAUUGCCGUGUUUAUAGCCUUGAGUGGUGGUGGCGGAGAGCAGGGGAAAUAG